UACCGCUAAGAUAAGGGUACUGUCGCAAAGCCGAGGUGUCGUGAAUCCUGGCCGCCCCCUGAAGAUGGCGGCGGAGCUGCAUCCGCGGAGCGGAAAGCUGAUCGGCCUGUCCAACUCGAACCGAACAGCCCGGCGCAACCAGCCCGUCCAGGAGUUCAACCACGGCCUGGUGCUCAGCAAGGAGCCCCUGAGGGACCGGGAUGUCUUCACCGUCCGCAUUGACAAGAAGGUGAACUCCUGGAGCGGCUCGAUUGAAAUCGGCGUGACGGCUCUGGACCCGGCCUCGCUGGACUUCCCCAGCAGCGCCACGGGGCUCAAGGGCGGCUCCUGGAUCGUGUCGGGCUGCUCGGUGCUGCACGACGGCCGCUCCGUCCUGGAGGAGUACGGCCGCGACCUGGACCAGCUGGCCGAGGGCGACUGUGUGGGCAUCCAGCGCAGCUCCCGCGGGGAGCUCCACCUGUGGGUGAACGGGCAGGACUGCGGCGCGGCCGCCAGCGGCCUGCCGCCCAGGCUGUGGGCCGUGGUGGAUCUGUACGGGAAGUGCACUCAAGUGACGGUGGUGAGCUGCGAGCCGCCGCCGCCCUCCGCAGAGAGGGAGAGAGAGACGAUAGAGCGGGACGAGGAGGACAAGGAGGAGGAAGAAGAGGAAGAUGAAGAGGAGGAGGUGGUCGUACGUGGGGGUCGGGACGAUGGGGGGAUUGCAGCACUGAUGAAUGUGGCGGCGAUGAAUGGAAUGGUGAACGGAGAUGAAGUGCCUGAGCUCAGCUGCAGCAACAGCCGACCAGACAAGUUUCCCACCAACCUGGAGCCUGACGCUGUCCUCACAGAGCACCAGCUCUUCGACGUCUUUAACAAUGCAAUAGUUUCAUUUUAUCGCUCUGAAGACGAGGGAGGAGGGGAAGACGGUGGAGGCGGAGGAGGAGGCGAUGCUGGAGGAGCAGGCGAUGCAGGAACUGACUCUUCUUCCAGAGCUGACAGAGGGAGCAGCGGUGGAGGCGGAGCUCCGGCUAAUGGUGACAGCAGCACAGGGACGGCUGGAGGAGUGGGAGGGGGAGGAGACUGUGGGAACUCUAACAGCAGCCCGGCCGGUACCGGGGGGGCGGCACCGGGGUCCGGGGCGGGUGGGGUGAUGACCAACGAUGCACUGCUGUUCCACGAGAAGUGCGGCACGCUGAUCAAGCUGAGCAACAACAACAAGACGGCGGAGCGGCGGAGACCUCUGGACGAGUUCAACAACGGAGUGGUGAUGACCAACCGGCCGCUCCGGCACAACGAGAUGUUCGAGAUCCGCAUCGAUAAGCUGGUGGACAAGUGGUCGGGCUCAAUUGAGAUCGGAGUGACCACGCACAAUCCCAACAACCUGGACUAUCCUGCAACUAUGACCAAUCUGCGCUCAGGUACAAUCAUGAUGAGUGGCUGUGGGAUAUUAACAAACGGGAAAGGAACUCGUAGGGAAUACUGUGAAUUCAGCCUGGAUGAACUUCAGGAGGGGGAUCACAUAGGGCUGAUGCGGAAAGCCAGCGGUGCGCUCCAUUUCUACAUCAAUGGCAUCGAUCAAGGCGUGGCCGCGGCGCAGACUCCCAGCGUGGUCUACGGCGUUGUGGACCUCUACGGCAUGGCCGUCAAAGUCACCAUAGUCCACAAUCACAACCAUAGCGACCGCCUCAGGCGCAACAACGCCAUCAUGAGGGCUCUGUCGCCUGAUGUCGGCCGGCCGCGGCCCUCCAUGGCCCUCACUUCGGACUCAGAAGGACCCGACCGUCUCCUGUUUCACCCCAACUGUGGACAGAAGGCGGCCAUCAUCUGCGACGGCAGGACGGCGCUGCGGCCGCAUGCAACGGAUGACUUUAACCACGGUGUGGUCCUGAGCAGCCGGCCGCUGCGCUCCAACGAGGUGUUCCAGGUCCGCAUCGACAAGAUGGUGGACAAAUGGGCGGGCUCCAUCGAAAUUGGUGUCACGACACACAAUCCCGCCUACCUGCAGCUGCCGUCCACCAUGACGAACCUGCGGUCAGGGACGUGGAUGAUGACGGGUAACGGCGUGAUGCACAACGGAACCACGAUUCUGGAUGAGUACGGACACAACCUGGAUCGACUCAAAGCCGGGGACACGGUCGGAGUUGUUCGGAAGGAAGACGGCAGCCUGCACUUCUUCGUGAACGGCGUGGCGCAGGGCCCGGCGGCCUGGAACGUCCCCCCGAACGUCUACGCUGUGGUCGACCUGUACGGCCAGGCGGCCCAGGCCACCAUCAUGGACGACCUGGUGGACCUCCCUCCUCUACCAGAGGACAGCUCAGACGGCCCCACCGCCAUGUCCCCUGGGAGCCCCUGCUCCGUGGCGGGGGCCUCCACUUCCACUGACCUGCGUUUCCACCAGCUGCAUGGCACCAACGCCGUCAUCACCAACGGGGGGCGCACCGCGCUGCGUCAGAACUGCCGCAGCGAGUUUAACGACGCCAUCGUCAUUUCCAACAGGUGCCUUCGGGAUGGAGAACUCUUUGAAAUUGUUAUUCAGAAGAUGGUGGACCGCUGGUCAGGUUCAAUAGAAGCAGGAGUGACCGCCAUCAGACCGGAGGAGCUGGAGUUUCCGAACACGAUGACCGACAUAGACUAUGACACCUGGAUGCUGAGUGGAACCGCCAUCAUGCAGGACGGCAACACAAUGCGCAACAACUACGGCUGCGACCUGGACUCCCUGACCACAGGUUCCCGGAUCGGCAUGAUGCGCACCGCCAACGGCGACCUCCAUUAUUACAUCAAUGGCGUGGAUCAGGGCGUCGCCUGCGUGGGUCUGCCGGCAGAGGUGUUUGCUGUGAUCGAUCUGUACGGUCAGUGCGUUCAGGUCUCCAUCACUAGCUCCUCCGGCCCGCUGGACAACAGUCUUUGCACCAGUAAUGUCACUGAGAAGAGCUUCCCCAUCCACUCUCCAGUCGCAGGCAUCGCCCAUCGGCUCCACAGUAAGCACGGUAAGAACGUGGUGCUGCUGGGCGAGGGCUGCCAGGCCAUCAGAGUUGGCGGCUACUCUCAUGGCAUCGUGUUCAGCGCCAAAGAGCUCAAAGCAGACGAGCUGUUUGAGGUGAGGAUCGACGAAGUGGACGAUCAGUGGUGCGGCUCUCUGCAUAUCGGCCUGACCACGCUGGCUCCUCCAGAGCUGCCGUCCUGCCCGCUGUCCGGCCUCUCCCCCUCCCUCCCACAGCUCCGCACCAAGGUCACCUGGCUGCUCUGCGGCUCCGAGGUCCAGCGCAACGGUGUUCUGCAGCGGCAGAAUUAUGGCUAUUCGCUGGACCGGCUGACUGUGGGGAACCGCGUGGGCGUGAAGAGGUGCAACGACGACACCAUGCACAUCUUUGUUGACGGGCAGGACAUGGGAUCUGCCGCUACCGCAGUCCCUAAGAAUGUAUACGCGGUUUUGGACCUGUACGGGCGGAUAACGGCGCUGUCCAUCGUCAGCUCCUCUCUGAUGGAGGACUUGGAGAGCAUCAAGGCGCCUUCGCUCACCUCGGACAGCUGCAGCGAAGGGGAGGAGGACAGCAGCCCCGUUAGGGAGGUUGAGAGUGAAACAUGUUCCCUGGUGCCGACGGUCAUGAUGUUUCUGGAAAACCACGGCAAGAACAUCCAGCUGUCCAACCAGAACCUGACAGCAGCCAGGGUUUCCAGCUACAACCAGGGCCUGCUGGUCACCGUCCAGCCGCUGGCGCGCCAGCAGCUCUUCCAGUUUCAGAUCGAUCGUCUGAACCCGUCGUGGACGUCGUCUCUGUCGUUAGGGGUGAUAGGCCACUCCCCCGACCGGUUAAACUUCCCCUCCACGGCCUGCUGCCUGAAGCGCUCCGCCUGGCUGCUGCAGCGCGACUCCGUCUUCCACAACUCUCUAAAAGUGAACACUCCACAACAUGCCAUUAGUCGACAACAGCCUUUCAUUUCUCCAUCGUCUGAUUUCGUCAUUCUGUUCCACUCCCCCUCCACCCUUCAGAUAUGUGAGAACUACGGUCCUAACCUGGACACUUGUCCAGAGGGGACAGUGUUGGGUCUGCUGGUGGACACCAACAACUGCCUCCAUCUCUACGUGAACAGCAUGGACCAGGGCGUGGCGGCACAGGACAUCCCCUCACCCUGUUACCCCUUCAUUGACCUCUACGGCCAGUGUGAACAGGUCACGAUAGUAACCAACAACGUGCCAGCUGUGGGCGCAGAGAGCGGAGAGACGCGCUUUCAGGGAGACAUGGAGAAGGCAGACAUGGUUGACGGCAUCAAAGAGAGCGUGUGCUGGACGCCCCCUCCAGAGGUCAACCCCAACAAGACCUGCGAGUACCAGGCGCUCUGCUCCCGCUUCAAGGACUUGCUCACUUUACCAGACGGCUACUUCAACGAAGAGGCGAAGUACAACCUGUGCUACUGCGAGUCCUGCCACAAGCUGCGGGGAGACGAGGCGUACUACAAGCGAGGAGAGCCACCCCGAGACUACGCCCUGCCGUUUGGAUGGUGCCGCUUCGCCCUCAGGGUCAAGUCCCACUGUGAGGUUUCCAAUGCACUAAAGAAGUGGCACAUUGCGUAUCACGGCACCAACGUCGGAGCCCUGAGGCGCACACUGGACCACGGCCAGCUGCUGCCUGGAACGUCGUCCAUUUUCCUGGUGUCUCCAGUGAAGACGGAGGGCCCAAACGGCUACACCGAACCAGAGGAGAACAGCGCCCCCGACAGGGAGGUUCCCAGAGUGCGGCUCUCCCCAACCAUGCGCUACUCUGGCAUGGAGACGUUUGCUCCCAAAGUGCAAUUUCAGGACCCACGUUCUCACCGCUGCCACCAGGCUCAGGUGGGUUUCCAGGUGUGCGUGCGGCCGGGCUCCUACAAGGUGGGACCUCAGACGCUGAGCCACGGUGAGCCUCUAGAUCCUCGCUUCAGCAACUCUGAGAUCGAGUGGAUCACGAAGGAGCAAGGCGGCACGCUUCUCUACGGACUGCUGAUUCGGGUGGAGUGAACGGCGUAGCGGUGGCAGCGAAGGCUUCUGGUUAUUUUUGAUAAACAGACAACCAAAUCCAAGCCCUGCCUUGAGCAAGACACUACUCUGGAAUCCGGCUGGUCCUGAAGCGGAUUGUCGACAACUCAGCAUCUUUGGUUUUGUUUUGGGUCGCUCGCUCUUCGGCUCUUUUGCCGGCGGAGAGCAGCGGUCGUUACCGAGAACAGACACUGCCUGCACUUUAUGUUUCGGACACUAGUGGGCGAUUUUUAAACUUCUCAUCGACGCAACAUGUUUGUUUAUAAGCUUCUUUUUUUUUCUUGCCAUUCUCCCGUCAUUUUGUUCUUCCAUCCUCGAGUAGCCUUUCUUUUUUUUUUUUUUAGUUUGGCACUUAGUUUAACACCUUUGACUUCCACAUUUUUCACAAAAAAAUGACUAAAAGUUAGGUUUAAUGGGGGGAAAAAAGAGGGACGGUGUUUUAUCAGCAAUGUAGAAAAAUAACGACACUUGAAUCUGAACAUGAGCCCGAGAGCAUCGUGAUUGUGACCUUGAUGGCAGGGAAAAUUUAAAACUGGAGGCAGGGACUGAUAUGUUUACACGCCUGUCUUUCACUGUGUUUCUGUCCUCUUUGUGUCUCCGUAUGAGCAGACGUUAAUAUUGCCGCCCAACAUUGGACUCAGAUAUGGGAAUGGCUUUUGACCAAUUAAAUUUUGAUAUUUAUUUGACUCAAAAUCUAAAUUUCUGAGUUUGGUGUUGGAAAAGUCAAAUGGAAACUGUGUUUCUGUGCUAGUUACGUCUCUAUCUGGAGGUCGUGGUUCAUCGAGGAAAAACAACUGGAUCAAAUGCAAUAUGGCCGCCGUGGACUGGGAUUAAAAUCAGGGUCCAAUUUCACAUUGUAUCAGUAAUGUGCUGCAUUCCACUCUUCUUGGAAAUCCCAUCCCAGUUUUGGGACUGAAGGCUUCACACAAAAGUUGAGCAUUGUAGUCACAACUUGAACAACCAGUGGGGAUUUAUCCGUUGUUGCAGUAUUAACAUCUUGUAGCAGUACAAGCCACAACAUGGCUACAAACCAGUUGUGCAGCACUCUAUUGUGUAUAAAUUAGACUUUUAUGACCCUAGCAAUCGUAUUUAGUAUUGAUCUCUUGGCUGUUGUGAAGCUUCUAAUGUCAAGGGCCGUUCAUGUAGCAUUUCCAACCAGAAACGGGGGAAAAUCUGGAUUACAGAAACAAAUGGAAAUCCCAAGUCCAUGAGCUGCCCCGACGUUAAAUCAAAUGUGGCUUUCACUCUCAGUGUAAGUUACAAAAAUGAUCUGUAUUUGUGCCUCAUGCUCCGGGAGUCACACUGGUUUUCCAGAUCCAAGAUCACACUAUUGAGGUGCAUGAAAUCCAGCAUAUUGCUGCAUUUUUAUUCACCUCAUAAAUCAGGUCUUGGAGUGACAAUCGGCAUGCUCUAGUCGCCUGUGGGAUUAUGUUGUGGUUCUCACCUCAACAAUACAAGGCGUUUCAGAUCCGUUUUAUGCAAGUACCUGGUUCAGUGAGAAACAAACUGUGUAAAGUGCUACUGGUAUAGUUUUGCAACUCAUCAUUUUAUUCACAUGGCAGCCAUAUUGGAUGCUAUUAACCUCUGGGCUGGUCUGAGAACUUUUAAAUUCGGAUUGAAGGGGCGUUUCGUUGCAUUUCCAGAUGGGAACAUUGAAACGGAGACUCUUAAAUCCAAUCGAACAGUUUGAACAUGGAAGGUCUCGAGAGUUUAAAUCCAACAUGGCUGACAAGUAUGUUUAAAAAAAAACAACCUAUGAGGUCUUUUUGUUAAAUGAGAUAGUUUUGUGCUGAUUCUGAACGUUAGGGUUUCAAUCCAUUUCUUUAAUGGAUUGCUGUUAAAUUCGGUCAUUCCCACGUCUGAGCUCAGACUUUGAGGUGAACGGAACCAAAUUUAAGUUCUGAUUACUGUUUGGUGUGGGGCCAAACAUGACUCGACUCGUCAUUUCAAGGAAAACCACUCACUAGCUUUUAAUGGAAAUAAAACUGGUGUUAGAAAUCAGUGUUUUAUAAUCACCGCUGCACCUUUUGGCGUUAAAAACUUUAUAGAAAAUGUCAGAAGGUAGGUUCAGCCUGAGUUUGAAUGUUUAUGACUCACCGGAACCGGUUUUUACAUUUAUAAGUGAAGGGUAAGCUAAGGGUCCCAGUUCUUUCAGAAGAUUCUCAGAACACUUUGAUGUACUUGGAAAAACUAAAAGCUAGGUGAUGUGUAAGUGAAACAUUAAAAACACUUAUUUAUAUCUCAAAUGUAUUUAAAAAGUCAAACCAGAGUUGUUGGGCUAGCUUGGAAAAACGUGAUGCUAAUAGGCUAGCAUUAGCAUUUUUCACUUAAAUGCAGGACUGUUUCACUGUUUUUAAGGAAUCUGAAUUAGUCAAAUUUAUUAACUUAAAAUUGUAUCGGCAUAUUGUGUAUUUAUAAGAUGUUGAAUUUUAAAAGUUAAUUGCUGGCUGUGUAGUUACCCCUUCAUACAGUCAGUGUCUCAAACGCUAGACUUUGAUUGCUUAACUUUUGGCAUUUCCUAACAGAGCUGUUUACUCAUUUUGCGUUUAUUUUUUUCCCCCCAUUUUCUCACAGAGAAAAAUCACUGUGAAAUCGUUAAAAUUAGACAUUUAGUUCAAGCUUCCAAACUCGUGCUGAUUAAAAAGCAGGUGAAUCAGCUCUUUGGUCAAGUGCUCGGUCCUGUGGUGAAGAAAAUAUUCAUUAAGGAAACCACUUACCGUACCUGUCUAUCUCUGCCCAUGCUAAGCUAAAUUUAUACCUAUUGUCAAAUUCUGCUCUUUAUUCCAAUCCCCAAAAUGCCCAGCUUCCCUGUAGAAGUCACAAAAAGCCAAAAGGUGCAACAUCAAUCUCGCUCCGUCGCCGUUUACGUCACACGCAAACCCAUCCAUUCAUCCGUCACGUACGACACGGUUUACCCGACCAACACCGCUUCCUGUGAUUGAUUAUGUUGGCUUUUCCAUAAGCCGGUGUUUACAUGUGAAUGUUGUCGAUUAGGGCUCUGCAUUCAUUUCACUCCACGACUGAUUUGCACUCAUUUGCUCAUAAUCCAAAACACCCGCUUGGAUUGUUUACAAUCAGCUUUUUUUCCCCUUUUUUGUUGUUGUUGUUGUUGCCAAUUUGCAUCCAUAGAAAAUAAAAGGUUUAUAGCAGAAGGCGUCAAACACUAAAAGUACAGUCAGAGAAGCUCGGCCAUCUUCUCAUUGAUGAGGGAGGGGGGAAAAAAAUUAAAUUAAAAAAAAAUGUGAAAAAAUGUUAUUACUACAUGGGUUCUUUACAGCCCUGUGCUGCUCUGUACACUUUAAUUUGUAUUUUUGUUUUGUUUUCGGUAUGUUGUGUUGUACAGGCUGUUACAUAACAAAUCAUAUCUUCAUGAUUUAUAUAAUAAAAAAAUAAAUAAAUGACUUGACAAAAGGUAUGCUUCAAAGCAUGGUUAAUGUGUUGGUUCGUGAGGAAUGGGCUAAAAGAAAAGAAAAAAAAAACCUGCUGGGUGCAUUUUGUGUGCGUUUCUUUUAGAUUUUAUUUAAAGUAGGAAAAAAAAAAAAGUCUGGUCACUGACAGGUUAUGGCAGUGUUGUGGACUAAAAUGACUCCUCUUAAGGCCAAUAGUGGGAUUUCUUUCAUAGCUUUUUACAGAAGUAGUGGCAGCUCUGUCCUAUUU